GCACGAAACAGCCCUACGUAGGUCACUUGGUCAACGGCUGCAACGAUGGCGGCGGCGCUGAUCCACGCCGAGUUCGGGGACGACUGCGAUCUGUACGCGGUGCUGGGCGUGGAGCGCUCGGCCACGGACAAGGAGAUCACGCGCGCCUACCGCAAGCUGGCUCUGAAAUACCACCCGGACAAGCAGCGAGGCGAUGAGGCUGCGCGCGCCAAGGCGACGGCCAAGUUCCAGGCCGUAAGCGCCAUCCACUCGAUCCUGAGCGACAAGGAGGCGCGCGCCGUGUACGACGAGUCCGGCACGAUCCUGUCGGACGACCACGACGACAAGUCCCCGUCCUUCCAGAUGUGGACGCAGUACUUCGCGCGCGUGUUCCCCAAGGUCACCACAGAGGACAUCGCCAGGUUCGAGGGCGAGUACCGCCACUCGGACGAGGAGCGGCGCGACGUGCUGGACGCGUACACCAAGUACGAGGGCAAGAUGAAGCACGUCAUGGACACGAUCAUGUUGUCCACGGACGACGACGAAGAGCGGUUCGCGGAGAUGAUCCAGAAGGCCGUCAAGGAGAAGGAGGUCAAGGCCUUCCCCACGUGGUGCGAGUACAGUAAGGAGCAGUCGAAGAAGAAGAAAAGGAAAGAGACGCCGGCCGAGCAGAAGCGCAAGCAAGCGAAGCGCGAGAAGGAGGCGCGUGAGGCGGAAGAGCUGUUCAACAAGAUCCGAGGCAACCAGCAGAAGCGGGGCGAAGGUUCAGGCAGCACUGCGCUUAGUACCGAACGAAAGCGCGGGUUCGAAUCACUGCUUGGGAAUCUGGAGGCCAAAUACGCCGAGAAGGGCAAGAAGUCGAAGCGCAAGGCUGCACCGCAAGACCCAGGCGAGCCCAGCGAGGAGGAGUUCCUCGCCGCGCAGAAGCGGUUGAAGCCAAGCAGGAAGAAAUAAGGCAGCGGCGGAUGACCAUUAAAUUGGUGGACUGCAGUGUGGAUUCAGGAACUAUGGUCAUCCAAUAGCUUCAAUUAGAAAAUUUCAUUGCACUACUGCACCAGCUGCCAACUU